AUCCAGUGCUUUGCUGCUGCAGUGCACAUAGCUCUUCCCAAAUCAGUGGGAUAAUUCCUGUGUUUACAGCUAAAUUGUGCUUAAAAGCUUCAAUGCAUCAAGACUGUUAAAAUGUGUUAAGGCCCAGAGGUCUCAGGCCCACUGAGAACUGGGUGCCUGGUGGUGUGACCAGGAGGGAACCCUCGCAGAGUUCUGGCAUUCCUUAAAACCCAACAAACAACUGGGAAACGAUGAGUGUGAGGAACAGACUGCAGAACUGGACAUUCAGUGUCUGUGCAGGACUCUGAAUGCAGAAGUCACCACAAUGAACCCCAGCUCUUAUACUGUGCUUUUGACUUAUAGCCAUGUAAGAACCUAAACAAGGAGACAUAAAUUAUUGACCAGAGAAUGGCCCACCGAAGCCCAAUCUUCCCAACUCUUGCCCCUUCUGAAAGACGGGUCCGGAACAUCCCGCUGCACAGCCAGGCACUGACCGCGGUCCCGCUGGCAUCCGCCAGCCUGGUGGAUCAGCUGGAGGACAGGAUCCUGAGCCAUGAGAAAACAACGGCGGCCCUGGUGGAACACGCUUUUCGCAUCAAGGAGGACAUUGUUUCCACGCUGCACAGAAUGCAGAACAAAGGGGGAGGUGACCGGCUGGCGAGGCAGCUCCUGGAGGAGCACAUCCGAAACAUCACCGCGAUAGUGCGGCAGCUCAAUCGGGACAUCGAGAUGCUGCAGGAACAGAUACGUGUCAGAGACAAUCUCAGCUAUGGAACAAAUUCCACCCUGAAGAGCCUUGAAAUGCGGCAGCUUUCUGGCCUAGGAGAUCUUCGGGGAAGAGUUGCAAGGUGUGAUGCUGGGUUAGCCAGGCUGUCUGCAGAGCAUAAAAUUACGUAUGAAAGACUUCAGAGUCUAAGUAAAGACCAACACACCUCCAAGCUGAUCUUAGAAUCUAAAAUCAAAGAGGCAGAAAUACAGAUUUCUCAUCUGCUGAGCAGAGUAGAGCAAUCCAUAAUGCAACAAGAAGCAAAGCUGAAGAUUGCCUACAAAGAGAGCAACCAACAGCUGCAAGUCCUGGACACAAAAUUAAAAGAUGCUGUUGAGGAGCUCAGCAAUCAGAUUUUGUCUGCACGGAGCUGGUUGGAACAGGAACAUGGAAAGACUGAAAAAGAGCUCGUGCAAAAAAUUGACCAACUCUCACUGACUUUUAAGGAAAGCACUGAAAUGAGUGAGAGAGGUAUUGAGAUGAAAUUCAACCAAAUGGCAGAGAAAAUUGAGAGAAUAGAAGAAAUGCAGAAGAUAACCAUGGAAGCACAUGAAGCAAAACAGACUGAAGAAAAGAUAAAUAUUCGCAUUGCCAAACUUCAAAAUGAGAUAAAUGAAGAUAUAAAAGAAAUGAAAGCUGAAGUUAAUGCUGGGUUUGCAGCUAUCUAUGAGAGCAUUGGGUCUCUACGGCAAGUUCUAGAAGCCAAAAUGAAGCUGGACAGAGAUGAACUGCAGAAGCAGAUCCACCAAAUGAAGCAGGAGGUUCCAAGAUGGGGAGAAGCUGGACCAUGACUGCAAGGUUUUGUCUGAGGGAUUAGUGUUUACCUGGCUAACUAGGCAGACUCUAGUGUUGUUCCACUCUGUAAUGCCAAUUACCUGCAUGUACCAAAUGACAUACUGCUGCUGCUGCUGCUGCUGCUACUGCUGCACAGGUGUUUGCUCACAGCAGUAAAUGCAAGCUGUUCAUAGAUAACUGGCAAUGAGCCCCUGGAGCUGAGGUGCUGCUUUGCCACUGCACAACUCCAGUUGCUGUCAGGAAAUUUAGCACUGUGUAAAACUGGAGUCAUGCAUUGGUGAAGCUGGCACCUAGUUUGCUAAAGUCAUUCCAGUUUUGCAGGCUUGAUCAGGCAGCUAUAUGCUUUUAUAUGCACCUGUACCCCUCCACCUCUAAAAAAAAAAGGUAAGUUGCUAUCAUUUGCUUCAUGUGGAUUUGGCAAGGUUCUCCACCUUGAUACAAAUUACUUGAAAUCAAUGGACAUUUUUAGAGUGACUUUCUCUACUGUUGAUUUCCUGGGAAGACAGAAUUGGCACUAAACAGACCAAUCUUCAAAAUCUAGACACCAUCAGAAAAUCUUUGUUUCAGUUUGCAAAUAUCCUUUGUGUGAAAACUAGGUAGUGUUACAUAAUGUAGUUGUAGACUAAGAUGAUUCAUAAACAGCAUAAGAAACUUAACUUACAUGGUCUUAAGUAUUGUAACCUUUUAAAAUAAUAACCAAGGGGAGUUGACACAAGAUAAAAGAUGCAGAUAGAGUAUUUUUUAACUGGGCAUAGUUCCUGUGACUUCUUCAUUAUAUUGAUAAAAACUUAGAAAGGUUUGGAAACUAAAGAGAAGGUAAUAAUCUAACCUAGUCUGGAGGCUGUAAUGUAAAAUAAAAUGCAGUUUACGAUCUCCUUAGAAAUUUUCAUUGAAGUAAAAAAAUUGAUUCAUCAUAUUUAAGUAGACUUUAAUAAUUUAGCUGACUCAAAUUGCUAAUUUCAUUCACAUUAUUUCCAGAUAAUAAUUUCCAUUCCCAGAAGAGAUUACAUAAUGAAAAUCAGCACCCAUGUGGCAUAUUAUCUAAAUAGCAAAAAAAUAUAUGUUGUUUUUACUUCUUCAUUCUUAGCAUGAUAUAUUGCUCCUCAUAUUUGUAAGCCAUGCAGGAUUAAACUCUUACGAAAAAUAAAAGACUUUAUCUAGCAUCCUAUUAAUUUAUGCUAUUAACAGAAAUGAAUAUACAAAAAUCAUAUUAAUUCACAGAAUUUACAGUACUGUUGACCUAAAUAAAUUAAUGGGAUGUCUCUACACUGUCCUUAAUGGACCUUUCAUUCAGCUAGUAUUGGAAAAAUAUAUUUAUAGUUGGAAAAUCAGUGGCCAAUAUCACUUCCAUAAAAGACAUUUUGGUCCACAGAGUCACCAUAUGAAAAACUAGUAAAGAAUUUUAAAAACUGCUUCAAGAACUUACAGUCAUUAACUUCAGUAAGUCAGUGUAGGGGGUAAAAAUCAAAUAAAUGCAUAAGUCUUUACAGGAGUAACACCUAAGUUUAUAUUUAUUUCUGCUUUAGUUGAAAGUCAUUGAAGUCUCAAAGCCACAUUAAGCAUUUGCAGCUCUGGCUUCCAAAGCUGAUACAAACCAGGAAUAGCAGAGGCAGUUUUGUUGUCAUCCAUGUCCUGUGGAAUAUAUUUACAAUGGCAGCUAAGGGGAAAGCCCAGUUCCCUAAAAAGAGACAAUUAAAUGCUUGUAAAUAUUUCUCAGGAAUUGUCUUCAAAAUUCAAUCUUACUUCAUGUAUGUAUUCUUAUCCUUAAAUAUUUAGCCAUGUGCAGUAGAAAAGCUAUCACUGGUGUUUUAUUUUAAAAAAAAACCCAACAAAACAAAGAAAGAAACUAAAAGAGACAGACCAAAAAGAGAGUAAUUUUUAAAUUCUGUAAUUGGAAGUCUGUACAAAAUCUGGUAUGAUAUGAAGAGCAAACAAAGUAUCAGAAACAAUUUAUGUAGGACUUUAAUAAAUUGUUUCUCUUGUAAAAAUCAUGUGUGAUUGAUCCAAAUAUAAAACAACACAUGAAACCCUAUCCAAUUUUACCUUUUCUGUCUUAAAAAUGUUUUUUUCCUAAAUCUCAGCUAAAGCAAGUAAGUGAAAGUCAAACUAAAAUAAUACUCAACUGAUUGCCAAGCAGUGUCUUCAGACUCUGAAGUGCUGAGUGGAGGCAGGCCCAGGUCAGCCCUGGGCAUUGUCUGCCAAAGUGCUCACAUGUGAAAAGUGAGUCCUGCAAGGGAGAAUUUAGAGUCCUCUGAGGAUUGGAGUAUCCUCUGAUCACCUCGACAUGUUAGGGCAGAAUCCUCUCAGACACAGCAUCCCCUCAGGGGAACAACUGAGAAGCCACAAGGGCACUGCUGCAGACACUGAGCUAUGGAAGCUUCAUUUUGCCAAAUGGAAACUGAUUUUGAAAACUGACCUGCAGAGAUCCUGUAUAGCCAAAGAGAAGGAAACAGCACUGCUUGAAAGCAGGGCUGCUCCUUUUUGUUCCCUUCCAUGCUGGUGCCCAAUGGGAUUCCUGUGUUCCAGUCCUUCAGGGACAUCAAGGCCCAUUUUUGAUGGUGGAAAUAAUGUGCUUUCUUUGUUCUGCACAAGCACUCAUGCAAUGAGUCUCGGGUUUGUGCACCAAGUGCAAGCUUGCCAAGAUCACAAAAGGAACAAGGUAGGGAGGGAGUGGUUGUGUGGAUGGAAAUCGAGCAACAGAAUGAGAUUUGGGAAAGUAAAAUAAUAGAUGUGCACAAAGUACUAGUUAAAUCACCAAGCUCACUGACACAACCAUAAACUCACUGAAGGAAGGACUGGGAGGAACCUUAGGAAGUAAUCUGUUCCACCUCUCCACUUUGAAAUAGAUCCAACUCUACCUAAAAUAUUUGCCAUAGACACCUCUGUAACUUGCUUAUAACAAUCUUUUAAGAAUAAGCCAUUGAUUAAUGCAGUCUGCUCCACUGCUUAAAGAAGAUUGCCUUGCCACCCAAACAUCUCAACAAGGACAAGAUGUAAUAGCCUUAAAUUUCAAGCACAGAGGACAAAACUCAAUUUACUACAUUCUUUCCUUCAUGUUCAUUAGUUUUUUAGGGCAAUCUGUGUAUAACAGAUGAUUUGAUUGAAGUUUCACAGGAUUAUUUACCCAAUAUUUCUUACUUUUUUUUCUCCUUCUUACAUCCAUAUAAAGCCUACCAAACCAGCAACACCUAAUCCAAAGAAACCACCACCACAAAACCCCCAAAACAGCCAAAAGCAGACCACUUGCUCUCAUGAAGUUUUAAAAUCUUUCUUUUGCCAGCUAUUUAACCUGCAUUAGGCUUAAAUCACUUGCAAUGUGCAGACCAUACUUUUCAGUCAACUGUGUAGCACAUACUGAGUGUUGAACUCAGUGGGAAAUGUUUAACUGGAUACAUGGCUUUUACAUUAGUGUGUGAUAACACAGUAGAACCAUGGUACUGUGCUGUGAGGGACUUGGCUGGAAUCAAAACUAUGUCAGGAAUUACAGAGAAAUUGUGCUGUUUAUACUCAUUAAACAAACCAAAGGAAGGGUGCAAGUAAGAAGUUCAAAGGAUGACCCUAACUUCCACAUGCAGCUGUUUAUGUAGUGAGUUUUGUGUUGUGGAUACCUUUAUAUUGUGGAUAUCUUUGUCAUUACAAUCUGAUAUAGUUCAAUAGACGGUUGCCAUGUCAGAGAAAAGCAGUAUGAAUGAUAAUGAAGGGCAGUGUAUUCCUGUAACAUCAAUUUAAACUGAAAUGCAAAAUUUUCCUCUGUUCUCAAUUUCUGUUUUGUGUUCCCCCUCCACGAGCAUCUGGCCAUCUGGAGCAGAGUAUUCUCUGUAUCUGAGAAUUAAAGUGCUCAUUAGACACGUCUUCCAACGAUGGAAAUGUCUAAUAAGAGAGGAUGACAAUGUGAUGAAGCCCUCCUAUGCGCGGGGG